AAAUUAUUGACCUCCACGUGGCGGCACGACCUUCAUCGCCCAAUGCCAAAUUAAACAAAGACAAUUACUUGUUGGCCCUGCAAAAUUGACAUUAGUUUAUCCUUACGAGAAGAAAAGAAAAAGUUUCCAAGCUUAUCCCCUUCAAAAUUUUCAGUUCAUUUCAGAUCCAUUUUAUCAAAAUCUUAAAAAAAAAAUAAAAAAAAAUCCCUUAUUUGAUAGAGAAAAAAAGAAGUGUUUUUGUGGCAGAACAGAUGGAUAAAGUGAUUGGGGGUAAGAAAAAUUAUUUAGCCAUGAAAACAGAUUAUGGAGCAGCAAGUGAGUUAAUCAGCUCAGAUUUGAAGGAAGUUGGGUAUGCAGUGAAAAAUCUUGCAAACCAUGCUGUGAUGCUUGGUGGUGGCCUUGGAUUUGGGACUUCCUUUCUAAAAUGGGUUGCUGCUUUUGCUGCAAUCUACUUGCUGAUCUUGGACCGAACAAACUGGAAAACCAAUAUACUCACAUCACUUUUGAUCCCAUACAUUUUCCUCAGUCUUCCUUCAUGGUUAUUCCACCUCCUGAGGGGAGAGGUCGGAAAGUGGAUCGCUAUAAUUGCUGUCGUAUUGCGCCUUUUCUUCCCCCGACGUUUUCCAGACUGGUUGGAAUUGCCGGGAGCUUUGAUUCUCUUGCUUGUGGUGGCUCCAUCUCUUUUUGCCGACAAAAUAAGGGGAAGUAUAGUCGGAAUUUUCAUUUGCCUUGCCAUCGGUUGUUACUUGCUCCAAGAACACAUUCGAGCAUCCGGGGGUUUUAGAAACUCCUUCACAAAAAGCAAUGGUAUUUCAAACUCUAUUGGUAUUCUACUCCUCUUUCUGUACCCGGUUUGGGCUCUCGUCAUCUACCUUCUUUAGGCCUUUCGACCGAGAGCUCGACUUUUAUCGAAAGGCUUAAGCAUUGUGUGGAAAGGGAAGAAAAAAAAAACAAUGAAUUUGAACUCUUUUGAGUGGUCUUCUUGUAAAUGAUAUUUAUUGUGAUUGUUGUUUGAAUAAUUCAUCUUCAGGAAUUAAGACUGAUGGUUUUUACUUAUGUUGGUGGUAUUGGUUAAGAAAAUAUAGGUUCAUUUGAUCCAAUUUCUUUGCUUUUCAUUUCUCAAGUUCACACAAAUUAAGAGUGUGUUAUAUAAAUGUUGUUAUAUGGUUUCA